AUGGGAAACUUUAUUGGUCAUGUGUAUCCAGGGCUGUUUCUGGUCUUAUAUGGACUGUAUCAGGCAACGGUGGUCUCCAAAGCUGUGAUAUUCAAUGAAUCUCUUCUGUAUUCUUCGUGCCCUCCCAGGAGUAAGGGAAGAUGGGCCUGGUUGUGGAAAAUAUCCUAUGGAGGUGUGUCAAAGAUGGUGACUGGCUCCCUCUUGAUAGCUUAUGAGCUCAGCUGCAUUAGAGGAGGGUUGGUGCUGAUGAACAGGGAGCUUCCACCGAGGUUUAUGUACCCCAAAGAGUGGCAGCACCUCACCAUGUUCAUCCUCCUCACCCUCAAUGGCUGUAUAGACUUCAUGAGCGAGAACGUGCUGCCUCAGAGGUGUGUGGUCCUGGAAAAAGGUGCCCUGGUCCUGACCUUCUAUGAGCUCCUGCUGCUGCUGGUGUCACAUAUUAAGGACUUGGUGGGGGUGGAGCUGCAAGUUCAUUUUCUGCUCAUCUUGGUGGUGUUCCUGCUAAUACUAGUGUUGACUGCAGAGCUGUGGGCUCCAGACAUGUUUCACCUCAGGCUGAUUGAAACCUUUCUAUUUCUGAUGAUGGGCUCCUGGCUGAUGCAGGCAGGCUUUAUUCUAUACAGACCAAUCUCCAGCUACCCAUGGCAGGAUGAUGACAUCAGUGACAUCAUGUUUGUCACCACCUUUUUCUGCUGGCAUGUGAUCAUUAAUGCCUCAUGCCUGUUGGGAAUCUAUGGCUUCUCUUCCUUUUGGCAUCGUUGUUACAGUCCCAACUUGAAGCUGAUGGGAUCCAAAGAAGCUCCCUACCAUGCACGCAUUCCUGGACCCCUCUACAAGUUGCUGCAGGAAGUGGAGCAGUCAGAGAAAGAUGACCAGCCUCUCCUCCUUUCAAAGAUCUCACCCUGA